AUGACGGACAAAAAAGUGGUACUAGUAACCGGAGCGAGUCGCGGUAUUGGACUUGCAGCCGUUCGUCGGCUCGUUUAUGGCACGCCUUCCAUCCCUGCCAGCAGGGUCGUAACGCUGUCGCGCACGCUCACAGAGGACCUUGCGGCAUUGGCACGUGAGAAGCCAGACGACCUUGUGACCGUGCAAGGCGACGUCACGAGCGAAAAAGACAAUUUGUCUGCGCGAGAUGAGGCACUGAAGCGCUGGGGUAGGCUUGAUGCACUUAUUCUGAAUGCGGGUAUUGUUGAUCAUCAAAUGUGUGCGGACUUGACGCCGGAGCGAUUCCUGCAUGUGCUCAAUGUGAACACAGUAUCCCUGGCUCUCACAGUGCGUAUUGCACUUCCAGAGCUUCGUAAAUCGCAUGGAUCUGUUGUCUUUGUGAGCAGCGGUUCAGCAACGAGCAACUACUCCUCAUGGGCUGCGUACAAUGCCUCAAAAGCUGCUAUGAAUGCAUAUGCGCGAACGCUCGCAAAUGAGGAGUCGGACAUUGCAUGUUUCUCUAUCCGACCCGGUGUCGUGGAUACUGACAUGCAAGUACUGAUUCGAUCGACAGACCAAAUGCCUUCGGCACAGCAUGCCAAAUUCCUUGGUCUACACAAGGAAGGCAAACUGGUCCCAGCAGACAAGCCGGCUCAGGUUCUUGCAGCCCUGGCAACCAAGGGCACUCGUUCGUCACCGACGCUUCCAGACGGCACGCAUCCCGGGGCAUUGGGUGCAUUCAUGUCGUGGGACGACCCGGUGUGCCAAGACCUUGUGUAG